AUGCUCGUCCUCCAAAUCGACAAUAACCCCGCAAUGCAAAAACUCCUCCCCAAAAUGCUCUCCAAGCACAACAUCGCCCACAUCCCCGUGCAAAACCCCCGCGACGCCCUAGCCUACCUCUCCAACCCGCAUAAUCUGCGGCCGAACAUAAUCUUUCUAAAAAUGCAAAUACCAGUGAUGUCUUCACAAGAGUUCAUCCAUGUCCUCCGCACCAAGCCUCCCUUCGCGAAUGAUCCGCUCCUGCGCGCAACGCCGGUGAUAGGCAUGGAUUCGGGAUAUAGUUUCCGGCCUCGUCGCGAGAAGCAUAUCAACGAGUGGGGGGUUGAUGAUGCGAUUCCACGGCCGAUGAAGGCUAAGGCGUUGCAGGAUGUAUUGUUGUAUUGGUCGAGGAGGGAGGUGGUUCCGAAUCAGGGUCCUGGUGAUGAUGUCAGUAUUCAGCCGGUUUGGGGGCCAUUUCCUUUACGGGGGUAUACGGGGCCGAGGUCGCUGCUUUAA